GCGAGUCUGUAGAGUAUUUAUUUCUUCGCAUGGUCAUAUCUUUGUCUUAUGUUAUCUUCCAGCGAAUGCUUGCUUUAUGUGUCGAGUCAAGAUAUUUUAGCAUGCUGAAUUCCCCUCUAGCACUUGUAAAGGUCAUCGAAGGAUCUUAGAACCGGCAUAGCUUCUGACGCAUUUUCGCACCACUUUUAUUUCAUAUUCGCCGUCAACCAUGCGAUUUCAACACUCUCCAUCUCUCAUAGCUGCAUUGGUGCAAAUCACUGCAGCUGCCAACAUCACGAUUCUCGGGCCUGGGGACCUUCACCAAGACGUCGCAGAUUCCUUUCUAUACUGCCUCAAUGCAACCGGCAUUUAUUAUCGGCUAUAUAUAGACGCAGGGAUUACGAUCGUGCUUCCACCCAACAAUCGCGGCAUUGAUACAGAUGAAGACGAUGAGUUCCUAUUGCAGUGCAUGAUGAUGGCUUGUGAUACAAUGAGUAUUGCGGCGGAGGGCAUGAACGAAGAUAAUGAAGACCAUAUGAAUAGUGUUUAUGCCGCCGUUGUGACGUACGAUUGGCUUGUCAAGCAGGGUGCUCGGGGUUUGCGUGCAAUCGGUACAAAGCCGGCCCUGAUCCUGGAGGAUAUUGCUGUGCGCGAUGGGGGUGAGAAUGAGGAAUGAGGCUUUCCAGUCACCCACCAUAAUAGCGUCAUGGGAGAAUCACUUUGAUUCGGAUCGAUUGAUUCGAACCUUUGUGAGAUGGACUCGGUUAGUUCGACCACGCCCGCCUCCGUAUGCAGCAGAUUGAGGCCAGAAUAUAUUUUGAGACUGUAAUAGGUGGAUGGAUAUGCACACCCAGUUUCGCAACAAUUUGCUAUUAUUUUUCAUGUCAUCAUGCUAUAUAUCUUUGUUGGGACAUGCAUUUUUCUCACAUGGCUGGCUAGAUGCGAUAUGC